GUUUAUGUGCCUGCAAGGGUAUUCAAUGUUCGUUGUAAACCCAGCCUUUCAAGUCCGCCCAAUCACAGCGGCUUUUGAAAUAUGAGCGAACACUUUCAGGAUUCGGUGUAGAAAAUAUGCAGUGACAACAAAGUGGGCGUGUAGUCAAGAUGCCCACUCCGUCAUGGGAGCGGUCGAGGCCCAUUAAGCGUUCGAACAAGAGCAGCAUCUUUCCGGAUGAUGGACAACGGCGACCCCAGUUGUUUGUUGCCUCGUUUGAACGGAAAACGGAACGUCCGCAGAUGAGUCAGUUGAUUGGCUGGGAAUAUGGUCGUGAAUGGCUAAAGGAACGCGAUGAGUUUCUCCGUCACGAUACCUUCAAGUCGAACAAGCGAUUCAUUGAGCCGGACUUCAAUUGGUGGCUAAAGAAGCGCCAAAUUGUGCUCGAUCGCAGGAAGCUCUUUACGCGCCGUCGCCGGGCGCCAUCGGAUCCCAAGAAGUGCUAUGAGAUGACCGCGUUCGAUAACGCCAGGCAGCUGCGGCUGGAGCGCGAACUGCAGCAACUGCAUCCCGAACGUGCCACACUCUAUGAAAUCAAAUGCGAAUGUGCCGAUUGCAAGCAGAAGAGAUGCCGCAACUACUUGCCACAGCAGGCCCAAGUUCAACGAACAGACCAUGUCAUGUGCUGAGCUUUACUUGGAUUGGAUGGCACGUGGCAAGUUUCGCCCACAAAUGAUACACAACAGAAAAAACAUUUUUUUUUUUUUUUUUGGCACACCAAAUGCAGAAGUUCUCGAGAAGAUCGGCGAUCGGCAGCUACCAAGGUCGAAUUCUGAAUGGGUUGGACGACCGCACCGCUCAAAAUUAUUGCCAUCUAACGAGAUGUGACCCAGACCACAGCCGGCUCCAUCAAUAGAUCGCUCGUGUUGUCAAUCCCCAAUUAAAAUGCGAAGCACGCUUUGCAAA